UUAAAUACAUUUUCCUUCUUUGCGUUGGAUUUGGAUUUGGACUUGUUUUAUUUUCUUUUUUUUAUCAUUUUGUUCUGUUCCAAUGCGUUUUGUGUAUUUUAAUGUUAUCUAUCUACAAAGAUAUAUAUUUUAGAAGAUUUGUUUAAAUAUGCGACCGUGGCCACUUUUUAGUUCCCCUUCUCUCUCUCUUACUCUCUCUGAUUUUUUUUUGUUUUAUCUUUUUCUUGCACGUAUCUCAUAAACAGUAGGCGUGGGGCCAAGAAUAUGAAUGUGUGUGAUUUCUUUGCCAAAUUAUCCUAUACCUCUAGGUGCCCCAAAACAGAAUUAAAAAAAAGUAUUUCAUAAAUUGUACAUCUACAUACACAGCGAUGUACAUGUGAUGUGCAUGCACACAUGUGCGAAUGCUUUUGCACAUUCACAACAGUAGUCGUCGCAUAUACACACAAUUAGAACUGCACUUGUGCAGAAAAACAGACUAUUUGCUUAAGCAGAUGAAAACUGCAGACUACAAGCUACAUACACCAUACAUAUAAUCGUCAUCACAAUCGUCAUCGUCAUCGCUAAAAGCCCCGUCUCAAUUACGUGCUCUCCUCUCCUCUGCUCUCCCCAUUAACUAACGUUAAACGUUAAAAUGUAUAAAAAAGCGACAAACCUAUCCAAUAGUUUGCUCUCUGGUGGCCAUUCUUCUUUCUUCAUCUUAUUGCCGCAGCUGCGCCUUAUUUCCACUGAAAGGCUUACAGACACACUCUCGCUGGCACAAAGACUACGAUAUUGUACAAAGCUGGUCAUACUCUUACUACGGAAUACACAGUUAUAUAUAUAUAUAUGCCAGUGAGGGGAAGAGCGAUGAAGAGAGAGAAAGAGAGAGGGAAAAAUAGAGAGAGAUAGAGAGUGGGAGUGUUUGAGAGAAUGAGAAUGAGAGGCGAGAAAAAGAUGUUGCCUGAAAUGAAAAAGAUCUUUCUCACUUCCUCAAGAACUCCGAUUCAUGAAUUAUUGCAGAUGUAAGUAUGUGAAUAUGCAUGUGUGGUGUAUACACGUAGAAUCGAAAUUUGAUUCGAUACGAGUCGAGUCGAGAAAAAGUAAAGUAGUGCAAAAACAAGUAUCGAAUAAGCCACAUAAUCCAAAAAGCAAAAGGGUUUCCAGUCCAGACGCUGCCUCCACCACAACGCUCCGCCGUUAUCACGGGAAUAGAUAAUAAAAACACCAUAAUAUAAAGCCUGUUACUUGUUUACCGAAAGCAAAAACAAAAAAAAAAAAACAACAAAAAAUCCAACUAACUGUUACAAACGAAUACGAAUAAUAAUAAUAAGAGUGCCUUUGACCAGCCGAGACGACGGUGACGGUGACGGUGGUGACAUCAGAGUCUAAAUCUAGCGCCAACAGAUUUUAAUUCCGUGAACUAGGCGACAACGCACAGUAAAAGUAAGCUGGCUGCAUGAAAAACAUUACCAGCUCGAGCACUUGCGGCACUGGGCUGCUGCAACUGCGGAACAACCUCGGCUGCACUGAGUUGGACGUUGCGGAGAAAACAGAACAACAGGCAGUUGGACCCGGCACCAUACCAUCACCGUGGACACCAGUGAAUGCCGGUCCUCCAGGUGCACUUGGAUCGGCAGACACAAAUGGCAGCAUGGUGGAUAGUAAAAACCUGGAUGUUGGUGAUAUGAGCGAUGACGAAAAGGAUCUUUCGUCCGCUGAUGCCGAAGGUGUAUGGAGCCCAGACAUCGAACAGAGCUUUCAAGAGGCUUUAUCUAUUUAUCCGCCGUGCGGACGUAGAAAAAUCAUCUUAUCCGACGAGGGUAAAAUGUACGGUCGCAACGAACUGAUCGCACGAUACAUCAAACUGCGCACGGGCAAGACGAGAACCAGGAAACAGGUCAGCUCGCACAUCCAAGUGCUUGCUCGGCGAAAACUCCGCGAGAUCCAGGCGAAAAUCAAAGUUGAAACCAAUGGUGUGUCCUUGCAUUUGUUGAAUGAGAAAGAGCAGACGUUGCAGGUCAUGAGCACAAUGACCAGUUCGCAGAUCGUGUCCGCCCAAGCGGCCAACAAUCUGGCAUUGGCCGCCUCGGCAUUAUCGGCAUCGGUAUCAUCGGUAUCAUCGGUGUGUGGAGGUGCAGUUGGUGGUGCAGUUGGCGGUGCAGUUGGCGGUGCAGUUGGUGGUGGCCACCAUGCGAGGCAUCUCUCUUUGACCCAUUCCCUGCCACUGCAUCGGCAUCCCGCCGUAAUGGGCAAUGCCGCCUCCUCCUCCAUCUCCACCUCCGGACCGCCGGCUUUGGCUCCUUCGCCCCGGCAGCAGCACCACUACCACCACCACCACCACCAUGCCCACCACCCAGCCCACCAGCACCACCAGCACCACCACCAUUCCCAUUCGCAUUCACAUUCACAUCCCCAUUCGCAUUCGCAUUCGCAUCCCAACUUGCCGCCGCACCUACCGCAUAGUCAUAUGCAUCCCCAUCACCAUCACCAACAUGCGGCAGCCGUUGCGGCGGUGUAUCACCUACAACAGCAGCAACAGCAACAGCAGCAACAGCAGCAACAGCAGCAACAGCAGCAACAGCAGCAACAUCGCCUCAGCGAUACGGACAACGUGGAUCCAGUGGUUCAAAGUGGAUCCACAGCGACGCCACCACCUGCUCCUCCGCCGGCGGCGCCACUGCACCACCCGCCGUUGUAUUCUGGCCAAUUCUGGCAGCCCGGACUCCAGCCGAGCACGUCCCAAGAUUUCUAUGAUUACAGCAUCAAGCCCUUCGCCCAGCCGCCCUAUCCCGCCGGCAAGCCCUCGACGGCCGUCUCCGGGGACGAGGCCGGCAUUCCGCCCUCACAACUGCCCUGGGAGGGCCGAGCCAUUGCCACGCACAAAUUCCGCCUACUCGAGUUCACGGCGUUCAUGGAAAUCCAGAGAGAUGAUAUGUAUAACCGUCACCUGUUUGUUCAACUGGGCGGCAAGCCAUCCUUUUCCGAUCCCUUGCUUGAGACUGUCGAUAUCCGACAGAUAUUCGACAAGUUUCCGGAAAAGUCCGGGGGGCUCAAAGAUCUCUACGAAAAGGGUCCACAGAAUGCGUUCUACCUAGUUAAAUGCUGGGCGGACCUAAACACCGACCUGACGACCGGCAGCGAAACGGGUGAUUUCUAUGGCGUAACCAGCCAAUAUGAAAGCAACGAGAAUGUCGUGCUCGUGUGCUCCACGAUCGUUUGCUCUUUUGGCAAGCAGGUGGUGGAGAAAGUGGAAAGCGAGUACUCUCGACUGGAGAACAAUCGCUACGUCUACCGCAUUCAGCGAUCACCGAUGUGCGAGUACAUGAUCAACUUCAUUCAGAAGCUGAAGAACUUGCCGGAACGCUACAUGAUGAACAGUGUGCUGGAAAACUUUACAAUAUUGCAAGUAAUGCGAGCCCGCGAAACGCAGGAGACUCUUUUGUGCAUAGCCUAUGUUUUUGAGGUGGCGGCUCAGAACAGCGGCACCACCCACCACAUAUACCGUCUGAUUAAGGAAUAGCAAAAGCUGCAUGGAGCAGAGCCUGAC